AUGGUGAUGCUGCGGCUGACUGCCGAGCAGUACAAAAAGCUGCCCAUGGUGGCAGAUGAGUCGACCUGCUCCGGGAAGACUUACGUUGUCACAGGCGGAAACUCUGGACUGGGCUUGGAAACUGCGCGACAUCUUGUCGAGUUCAACGCCUCGCGCGUCAUCCUGGCUGUGCGGAACCUCACGGCGGGAGAAAGCGCCAAAGAGGAUAUCGAACAUUCGACGGGCCGCAAGGGCGUGAUAGAGGUAUGGAAGCUAUUAGAGACAGUAGAAGAAAUUGAUCCUGACAUCCAACAGGUCUGGCACAUUGACAUGGCGUCGCAGCCUUCAAUCCAGAGUUUUGCCGACAAGUUGUCAGACGUGGACAAAAUCGAUGGCCUUGUUGCCAACGCCGGUGUCCUGCUGGACUCAUGGUCGACGGUGGAGGGCAUGGAGGCCAGUGUGCAAGUCAAUGUUGUCAACACCUUGUUCCUAGCGACCCUGAUCCUGCCCAAACUGAGCGCGAUCGCCCGGCAGCUCGGGAUCCAACCCUCACUUGUCUUUAUCGUCAGUGUCCUGGGAUACACGGCCAAGAGUGAAAUGGACAAGAGCCGUGAUGGUAACAUCUUCGAGGGGCUGAAUGACGAGAAGAAAGCCAAUAUGAGCUCAAGGUACGCGCUCUCAAAGCUCGUCGAGGAGCUGGCCGUGCGGCGGUUCUCAGCAGCGACCCCCGUCGAGCGUACAGGCGUGAUCGUGAACAUGGUCGCGCCCGGCUUGUGCCAUUCUGGCCUGGGCAGGGACGCUGGAUCCUUUACCAAAUUGAUGCUCUCGGCGAUCAAGGCCAUGAUGGCGCGGACCGCAGAGGAGGGCAGCCGCACAAUCUUGCAUGGCCUGGUGGCUGGCGCGGAGAGCCACGGCAAGCUGCUCUCGGGCUGUAAGAUCAAGGAGUUCUGGGUGCCUGUCUGGCGUCUUGCGAAAUGGUUCCAGACCAUGUCCCCCAAGGAGAAGGCCAAGAUCGUCAAAGACGUCUCCCAGCUAGUCCUGGCCAGGCGAACGCGCAUGUGCAACUUCCUCGAGUACAAAGACACCAAGAUCGUCUACCGCCGAUACGCCUCGCUGUUCUUCAUUGCCGGCGCAUCCUCCGACGACAACGAGCUCAUCACGCUUGAGGUCAUCCACCGCUACGUCGAGCAGAUGGACAAGUACUACGGCAACGUCUGCGAGCUCGACAUCAUCUUCUCAUUCACGAAAGCCUAUUGGAUACUCGACGAGCUCCUGCUCGCCGGUGAGCUGCAGGAGAGCAGUAAGAAGACAGUGUUACGAUGUAUUGCACAGCAGGACUCGUUGGAGGACAUGGAGGUCGAGGACGAAGUGACCAAGAUCAUGUAA